AGCGGUGUCGAUUUCCGCUUUACAAAGGUGUUCUUCCUGGUUUAGGAACACUCGGGCAACUACACCGCUCAACAAAUCAACUUUUUACGGAAUGAAAUAAUUAAAUUACCUAGCUAGGUACAAAGUUAAUUUAAAGACUUUGUACAAAUAUUAAGCUAAAGAUUCAAUACGGGUGGAUUUCGGAUUAAUUGCACGAUGCACGAUUUAUUCUGAACCAGUGAGUGCAUGGAUCCCAAAAUGCCCAACCGCUGUGCGGCACCAAAUUGUAAUAUCUAUACAGAUAAAUCAGACGUCCCAUUUUUCAGAUUUCCAUUGGACUCGGAGCGAUGUAAACAAUGGUUGAAUAAUUGUCAUCGAUCUGACUUGGAGCCAAAAACCCCUGAGGAGUUACACAAUUCCUUCCAAAUUUGUGCAAAUCAUUUUGAGCCUUCCUUGAUUUGUCGUGAUAGCACUUUAAGAACAUCCUUGAAAGAGGGUGCUAUUCCAACCAGAUUUGAUUUUACAAGCCAUUUGAACAAUCCAUCAGGCCACAACCGGAAUAAAAGAAUAAGAGAACCUGCUGAGGCAGAGCUUGCAUCCUUGAAGAAAGCAAAAGGGGAUUGGUUUGAAGAUGAUGCUCCAUCUGAGGUGAAAGAUAAGCCAGGAGAGAAUAGCGCAACAUGUGAUUUACAGCAAGAGGAACAAAAGAGAGAGGAUGUCGCUAACUCCAAAGCAAAGGAAAUCCUUAAAGUCUACUUUAAGGAAACCCUUGCCUUCACUGGAUUCAGCAUAGGGAACGAUGCAAACCCCAACACAGAUGAACCGAUGGGAGACCACAGAGGACAACAGUCUCUCAAUCCCAUCUGUGUUGAAAAAAUCGACCAGAAAGAAGUCCUCCAGUUCAGCGAGGACCUCAUGCGGGAGGAGAUCCGGAACAGUUUGAGGUUGGCACGCUUUUUCUCCAUCCUGCUUCAAGAUGUAACAAACAUCGAGGGAAAAGAUCAGAUCCCAGUUUUCAUCAGGUCCGUCACUGUGGCAGGGUUCCCCCAGAAACACCUCAUGGGUUUCCUGCCCUGUUAUGCAGAUGCUGAGGGCCUGUUUUACAUGCUGCUCUCAGAAAUUCGGAAUAAGUGGGGGCUGCGGAUGGAGCAUUGUCGAGGACUUACCUACCUGACCACAGGUGGUUUAUGUCAGAAAAUGAAGGAUCUCACCAGCAGGAUUCUGCAGGAGUUUCCUCAGGUAGUGCUAGCACCUAGUGACCCAUAUGCCUUUAACAUGUGGCUAAUCCGCUCGAUGCCCAUACCUUAUAUCCAGAAGGUUGUGAACACAGUGGAGGAGGUCGCCAAAAUAAUUAGAGGAUCCCCAGAUCUUUGGGAAAGACUGGAGGUGAAAAUCAAGUCUUCAUACAGCCACCUUAAAGGUGAAGUGGACAGGAUCAUAGAGGCUUCCCAGAACACCUGGGAGUAUGGUGUUGAUGCCUUCCAGACCAUGUUGGACAUUCUUGAACCAUUCCUCGCCUGCAUCAACGAGGUGUGCUCGGCUGCGAACGCAGACACCGCUACUUGUGAGCAGAUGGCCAAACUCAAGCCAAUCCUGAAGAACUUCAAUUUCAUUAUCACCCUGGUUGUUCUGAAGAAUACCCUCUGUUGCGUGAGUAUCCUCAACCCGAGUCUCAGGGGAGCCAUCAGCAUCAGCAGCACCUUGCAGUACACAAUCUCCAACGCCUUAAAGCUGGUCAACAAACAUCUGCAGGAGAUCGCAAUAUUCCACAGGAAGUGGUUUUCUGAUGCAGUGGGCAGGGCUAAGAAGCUGGGAGUGGAGGUUGCUAGGCCGGAUGAGAACUCGCCUGAGACUGGCGAGGCAGUUGCAACUGAAACCCCUCUGGAGGAUUUCUACAGAGAGACUCUGAGCAGGCAGAUCUUACAGUACCUUGUUGCGGAGGUAAAGCGGGUGUUCAGCACGGAGAUGGUACGGAUUCUGAGAUGGCUCUCAUUGGUGCCGUCUUACAUGGCUGACCACAAUUUCAGUAUCCGCAGGGAUAAAGUGGCGGACGCAAACUUGAACAACCUCGCUCGGCCCGACACGUUUUACGAUGAGCUUGGUUGCUGGGAGGUGAAGUGGAGACAUGCUAGCAAGCGGAGGAUCCUGCCCACAACAGUGUUUGCAACAUUGAAAAUCCCAGACAUUGCAUUUUACCCAAAUGUGCAGAGCCUGCUGAGAGUUUUGGGCACCAUCCCCUGUGUGAACGCAGAGGCAGACGUGUAUGGGCAGUACAACAUGGUGCUGGAGCGGUACCAGUCUUACCUGAAAGCCACACCGGAGGAUAAGAGACUGUGCAACAUGGCAUUUGUCUAUGUCAAUCAAGACGUGCACUUCAAUGUGGAAGACAUGGUUGAGUCCUAUGUGGAGAAGCAUAUUGACAUAUUGCAGUUUUUGCAUAUGGAUGAUGAGGUAAUAGAGAUGCAGCCUGACGCUGAACCUGUCUCUGAGAAUGAUGGGAAUCACACUCUAAAAGAGAAUGUACAAGAAACACAAGAAGAACCACAGGACAUACCCUCUGAGAUGGAGACCGAGAGAGUGGGGCAACCGAAACUCCCAGCCACAGAAACUAAUAAGGAGGCACUCAAAUCUGCUCUGCAGGUUGCUGUGACAGCUGCAUAUAACAGCCAGAGCAGACAGCCUGGUGAGGCCUCUGCUGAACAGGAUGGCGAGGUGGAAGACUCAUUGAAGUAUGUGUCGAAGUCUGAGAUGGAAGAAGUUCUCAGAGUAUGCGAGGAUGCUGUCAGGGAGGGAAUUCUUGUGGAGGUGGGCACUUCCUUUUUUUCUCUGUUCAUCGACCGAGUUGUGAAGUUAGGGGAGAAAAAACAUCUUCCUCUCUUCCUCAGGUUUGUGGACAGUUUUGAUGUCAUGCGAUUGGAGCUCAUGGGAUUUCUGGAUGUGGAUCUUGACUGUGAUGCCAUGUCAGAGCGCAUAUUGGAAAUUGUCACCAAAGAGUGGCAUCUCGAUUUGUGUUACUGCAGAGGUCAGGCCUACCUAGGAUCUGGUGAUGUCUCCUACAAGCUGAAAGCAUUUGCCUGCAAAAUCCAAGAAAAGUACCCCCUUGCAAUAUGCACACACUGCUCUUGUUACUCAUUUAACAUAUGGUGGUCAAAAUCCACCCCUGUGUCAUCAGUCAAGCGGGCCCUGGAUGUUUUUGAAGAGGUUUUGAUGUUUUUUGGGAGCAUGCCUAUGCUUGAGAAACAACUGGAUCAUGUCAUUGCAUUUGGUCUUAGGGAAAGCUAUGAAAAGGUUCAAGAAUUGCAGGGGAAGUUCUGUACCGUCUGGCAGGAGAAGCAUGAUUCCUAUGAAGUUUUUGUGCAGAUGCUGGAGCCCCUUGUCGAAUGUUUGGAGAAAAUCAAGAGCAACCCACAGAGGUGGAAAUCCUCAUUCUCUCUAAAAGCUGGAGCACUGCUGCGUUUGAUAAGGGACUUUGAUUUUAUUGUGCCCAUGGUAGCCCUGAAGAACACCUCGUCCUUCACCAGGGAACUGAGUGCAGGACUCCAGAAGGAUCAUUUCAGCGCAGCAUCCCAACUCUGCCAGAUCAGUGGUAUAGUGGCUACUCUUAACAGGGUCAAAACAAACAUCAAAGUAUUUCACCAGAAUUGGUUUGAUGAAGCUUGUGCGCUCGCCCAGAGUCUAGGUGUGCAGAUAAAAGUGCCUGAUAAUUCCUCUGCGUCCAGGGAUAGCAUGAUGAAACCAGCUCUGUAUUACAAAGAUGCACUAAGUGUGCCCCUAGUGGACAACCUCACCAAUGCUGUUAAGGAUCAUUUCUCUGAGGACCACAAGGAGGCCCUAAACUUCCUCUCCCUGGUUCCCUGCUCUGUGACUGUGAGUUACAUGUUUGAGAUCCUGAGGUCAAAGCCUCCUCUCUACGCCAGUGAUCUGCCUGACUCCGACAACUUCUUCACCGAGUUGUGCUGCUGGAGGGUGAAGUGGAAGACCAAAGUUGCAUCCGUGACCAUCCCAGACACCAUCUUUCAGACUCUCCGUCUGCCACUCAUGCAGUACUUUGGGAACAUCAACACACUGCUGAGGAUCAUGUCUGUGCUACCCAGCACAGUACUGGAGAACUGUGGGGAAGUGAUGCGCCACAAGAUGUUUCAGGAAUACCUGAGGAACACCAGCCCCAAGGACAGGUCCCCAUGUCUGGCCAUGCUGCAGGUGGGAACCAACUUCAGCAGAGAUCUGGACCGGAUGGUGACUAAGUGCUUGAAGGUCACUCCCCAGGCUUUAGAGGGCAUCUGCUUGGAUAAAGAAUCCAAAAGUCUGAUGAAGAACUCUGAAGCCAACAUGGAAGUCGAUCUUGGCAAAGAUACAACAGAGGACCUUGAGAAUCAGUCUUCUGACAAGAAAGAGAACCAGGAAAUGAAAGCGGUGGAUGAGAAUGGGCACACUGGAGAUAAUCGACAGAGUUUGGAAAUGGUUUUCAGACUGGCUGCACGUCUAGGGAAAAAGAAGUGCCAGCUCUCCGAACUCUCCAAAGAAGAUCAAGUCCUUCUCAUCCAGGAUCUCGGCCUGUGCCACUGGUUUGGAAGAGAUGGCAAGUUCACGCUUAACGUAGGAGAGGAGGAAAUGGUAGAGCUUCUCACAAAAUCCAUCAGGGAAGUCAUACUCUUAGAAAUACAGGAGUCCCCCUUCUUUUCUCUUAUCACAGAUAAACCUGUUGUAAUUGCUAAUAAGAGCUAUCUGCCUGUCUUUGUCAGAUAUGUUGGGGAAUGCGCCCCCAAGGUAGAGCUCAUUGGUUUUUUGCGAUUUUUUGAAACCUGUGACGUUGAUGUUCAAGUCAAGAACCUUUCAGCAACUAUAACCGAAGAUUGGGGAUUGCCGAUGAGUCAGUGUCGUGGACAAGCAUUCAUGCGCAUGGGCUCAGGUUGUCACAGCCUGAAGAAGAUGUCUUUGGAGUUCCUCGAGAGCUAUCCUCUGUCUGUCAUCACACCCAGUGAGUCUUGUGGUCUUGCCUGUUGGCUAGCAGGAAGUGUACACUGCCCACCUGUCACAAAGAUGCUGGGAAUUGUGGAAGAUCUUCUACUGUUCUUUGACCAGUCACCUGGACUGGAGGCAGAGCUAGCACAGGCCGUGGAUGGGUUACUGAAUACACCUCGGGAGGCCUUGGAGGAGAUUCCAGAAACCUGUUGCUCCAGGUGGAAGAAGAGGGAGGACUUUUUUGAUCUCCUAGUCGACACAUUGGAGGGAGUCUUGAGUUGCCUGGAUUCAGUUAGUUCCAGCGCCACGGGCACUAUGUCGCUACAUGCACAGGUCCUCGCCACUGCUUUGAGAGAGAUGGAUUUUAUCGUCACACUUGUGAUCCUGAAGAACGCAUGUUCUCCUCUUCGAAACUGCAGCACUGUUUUCCGCUGUGGUAACCCUGCUGACAUCAUCUGUGAGGUGGAGAAGAUCGUACCAAUCAUAGAGACACUGAACAAGAUGUUGGAGAACAUAAGCACUGUACACACACCUUGGUUUGAAGAGGCAUUCCAACUAGCAUCCAAGGUGGCCCCUCAGCAAGUAGGUUUCCCAGAGGAAGCUAACUCUUAUGAGUCUCCAGAGGUGUACUACAGGGACAACUUUAGUGUUCCUGUACUGCGCUGCCUCAUUGACGAAAUGAAGUACAACUUCUCCGACAGUCAUUUGAAAGCCUUGAAGCUCCUGUCUCUUCUUCCCACCUGCAAUCCACAGCCCAUUUCAGAGCCAAUCCGCGCAGAGUCCACAGACAAGCUAUACAGUCUCUACCUGUCUGACCUCCCUGAUCCUGACACAGUAGAGCAGGAUAUCAGUAACUGGGCCACAGUGUGGAAAGAGAAAUAUCAGGACAUGUCACCACCAGCUUCUAUCUCUGAGAUACUGCUUCACCCAGAAUCUCAAAGCCAUCCCACAGUGACAAUGCUGCUCAGACUGGUGGCUGUUCUACCGAGCGUCAGUAUGGAGUGGGACCUGAUGAAGACCACCCUGAACUCCAUGAGGGCUCUGCUGAAGAACACUGUCUGCAAGGGCAGCAAAACCGACACCGUGAUGCUUCUCAUGCAUUACCCAACUGUUCAAAGACUAAGGGAGGUCAUUGAGAAGUGCAUCGAAGUUGACCCAGAAAGCAUCCCAUGUCUUGAGCAGAUAUAAAGUAUGUAGAAACGAUAAUGGACCUGUACAUUUUGAAGUGAAGAAACAAAUGAAAGGUCUGAAGCUGGAAAGUGAUUUCAGAGCUUUUGAUGUAAACCCUGAUG